AUGGCCGCCCCCAUCACCACCAUCUCCGACUCAAAAGACCGACAAGGACUGAAUCUAAUAGCGGCGCAUUCCCAUAUUCGAGGCCUGGGCGUAACACCAGACACUCUCACCCCCAAAGCCAACGCAGAUGGAUUGGUUGGACAGCAACAGGCGCGGAAGGCGGCCAGCGUCAUCCUACAGAUGGUCAAGGAGGGCAAGAUUGCAGGAAGGGCAGUUCUGAUAUCAGGACCACCCAGCACAGGCAAGACCGCGAUCGCAAUAGGAAUGAGCAAGGGCCUGGGAGAGGACACACCAUUCACCAUGCUCGCAUCAUCCGAGAUCUUCAGUCUGGACAUGAGCAAGACGGAGGCAUUAGAACAAGCAUUCCGGAAAAGCAUCGGCGUGCGGAUACGAGAGGAAAGCGAAGUAAUCGAAGGCGAAGUGGUAGAGAUCCAAAUCGACCGCUCUGUGACCGGCAGCAACAAAUCCGGCAAACUCACGCUGAAAACCACCGACAUGGAGACCCUCUACGACAUGGGCACGCGCAUGAUCGACAGCAUGACCAAGGAAAAAGUCAUGGCCGGCGACGUCAUCAGCAUCGACAAAGCCUCUGGACGCAUCACCAAGCUCGGCCGCAGCUACACCCGCAGUCGCGACUACGACGCCAUGGGUCCGGACACCAAGUUCGUGCAAUGUCCUGACGGCGAGCUGCAAGUAAGAAGAGAGACGGUGCACACCGUCAGCCUGCACGAAAUCGACGUCAUCAACAGCCGCACGCAAGGCUUCCUCGCCCUCUUCUCCGGCGACACGGGCGAGAUCCGCAGCGAAGUACGCGAGCAGAUCAACACCAAAGUCGCCGAGUGGCGGGAAGAAGGCAAGGCGGAAAUCGUGCCCGGCGUGCUGUUCAUCGACGAAGUGCACAUGCUGGAUAUCGAGUGCUUCAGCUUCAUCAACCGCGCGUUGGAAGACGAGCUCGCGCCGAUCGUCAUCAUGGCUUCGAAUCGCGGCUCCACGACUAUCCGCGGGACUUCGUACCGAUCCCCUCACGGCUUACCACUAGAUUUCCUCGACCGCGUGGUCAUCAUCUCCACCCACCCCUACAACGCCGACGAAAUCCGCUCCAUCCUCUCCAUCCGCGCGCAGGAAGAAGAAGUCGACGUCUCCGCCGACGCUCUAGCCCUCUUAACCAAAAUCGGCCAGGAAACUGGACUCCGCUACGCGAGCAAUCUGAUCACGACAUCCCAUCUCCUUUCCCAGAAGCGGCGGGCGAAGGAGGUAGAUGUGGCGGAUGUGCAGAGGAGUUUCGGAUUGUUCUAUGAUCCGAGCCGGAGCGUGAAGUUUGUGACCGAGUAUGAGAAGAGGUUUAUCGGGGAGGAUGGGGGUGUGACGUUGGGGGGUGCGACGAACGGGGUUGCGAGGGGUGGUGAUGCUAUGGAGGUUUCGUAA